GAUUUGGCUCUCUUAUUCAUUUGCACGAACGUAAUUCCAAUUCAAAACUCUGGAAAAUUAUAUUUUGUGAAGUAAAAUUGCCAUUUCGUGUAAAUUCCAUACAUAUAUGACCUAACGCACUCUGGAGGGUUUCUGGAAUCCCUGAAUUAAUCAGUGCUUCGACCAAUCAGCAUCGCGUACUAAGCAGUUCACGUUGCAGUCGUCAUAGCUACGGGGUCAGUCUCUGCCUUGAUUGCUUGACAGGUGCGUGUCAGUAUAGCUACCCAGCAUGUUCCCUAAAGGGAAAGGUUCAACUGUACCUUCGGACAGUCAAGCGAGGGAAAAGUUAGCACUCUAUGUAUACGAAUAUUUACUCCAUGUCGGGGCACAGAAGACAGCACAGACAUUUUUGUCCGAGAUAAGGUGGGAGAAAAACAUCACAUUAGGAGAGCCCCCGGGGUUUCUGCACUCAUGGUGGUGUGUGUUUUGGGAUUUAUAUUGUGCUGCGCCAGAGAGGAGAGAAACAUGUGAACAUUCAAGUGAAGCGAAGGCCUUCCAUGAUUAUAGUGCGGCGGGCCCGAACUCAGUCAUGGGACAGAUCCCCCAAGGAGCAGAUGGCAUGCCUGGUGGGCCCAUGCCAGGUUUCUUUCAGUCGUCUCCUCAUCAUAAUCCUAACAUGAUGGAUGGAAACCAGCCUUUCAUGUCUCCAAGGUAUCCUGGGGGACCAAGAGGGCCAGUCAGAAUGCCAGGAAACCAGCCUGCAGUGGGAGUACCCAACUCACAAGCAAUGAUGCAAUCAAUAGACCCCUCAAGGCAACCUGGUCAUAUAAUGGGUCCGAGGAUGAAUCACCCGAGAAUGCCCAUGAAUCCUAAUUAUGGUGGUCCCGGAAUGAGGGGGCCUUUGAAUUCAAUGCCAGGAGGAAUGCCAAUGUCAAUGCCAGGCGGGAGGCCGUGGAAUCCCAAUGCAGCAUCAGGUCCGCCUGGUGGUCCGGGUGGAGGGCCUCCUGGUACUCCGAUAAUGCCUAGUCCUCAAGAUUCCUCUAAUUCAGGUGACAGCAUGUUUUCAAUGAUGAAGUCAGUACCUGGCGGAGCCAUGGGACCAGGGAACUUUCCAAUGAAUUCUGGCCCUGAUGGACCUAUGCCAAUGGGCAGUCAAGACAUUCCUCCUGUGAUGAACGGUGAGAUGGAUGGCAUGCCGAAGAGUUCACCAGCAAGCAAUCCACCGGGUGGCCCAGGAGGGCCAGGGACGCCGAGAGAAGACAAUGGUUCCAUGACCCCACAGAUGUUCCCACCAUAUGCCGAAAACUUGGCGGUCUUCUAAAUUGAAUAUCAGCAUUAAACGAUUAGUGUCCACAAGACCAGAAUGAAUCAGCAGCUAUACUCAAAAUUAAGGAGACAAUGCAAGAAGAGGCUAAAAGAUUUGAGAAGGACACGCCCGGGCCUGAUCAUCCGGAAUACUUCAUGCAAUAAUACACCCCCCUUUCCCUUCCUCACAAUCCCAAUUCUUCUUGUCAACUAUUUCGCUUUGGAGACGGAGGGAGCAAUCUGAUCUUCCUUGAGAUAUGCCGCCGCACAAAUUAUGGCCUGAAAAAUUGGAUCACGCUCUUAGCACAACUCCAGGACAUCAGUAACCAUACAUGGGACUAUAUGUGCAUGUUGCAGCAUGCAGGCCUGAUCCAAUUGUGAUAUGCCAUAUGGGAUAGCAUUGCAUCACAUCUCCUAACACAACUGCAGCAACGGCUGCGAUCACCUUUCAAAACCCUGAGGUAAUGGUCGUUGCAGGAUAGUGGUUGGCACCAUAGAGCCUCUUAAUACAGAGCACCAGAUGGAAUCGCUCUCUUCACAGCCCAACAAGAAAUAUACCAUGUGGGACUUUGGUUCCAGUUUCACCAACAGGGGGACCAUAGGCAUAUAUAUCUGCAUUAAACAAUUCAAACGUGUUCACUCUCCAAUUGGCAGGGAUAUCUCGGCUUAGUUACAUAAAAAUUCCAAUCUGAAUAGCAAUUACCAGUCAAGAUCAUUGUUACAUGUCCACUUUGGUCAUAACAUUGACCAGAAACCAAUCAAAAUUGUUCUUUCAUACACACAAUCCAUCAUGGUUAUGGAGUCCUCAUAAAUUUGGAUAUUCCUCAAAAUAAGUAUUGAGAUAGAUACAGCAAAGGGUUUCACUGCAUUUAGCUGAUGUGAAUACAGCCUCCUUACCUGCUGCAGGAAUUUUUUCUUUCAAACGAAAUGCUUAAAGAGUUAUACAUUAUGUUCAAUAUUUAAUGGCAGUUGACCCCAUCCAAUGUGCUACAUAUUGAAGGGUUAGGGUUAAAACAUCUCGGUACAAACCAUAGGCGUCUUUGUGCAUAAAAAGUUAAUGCAUAAGAUCUACAUGCAAAACACCAUCAUCAUGAGUCACCUUUAUCCAUAGGAUAUUUUAGUGCAUAAGACCUCCAUCUCUUAGACAUCUUCAUUCAUAUUAUCUAUAUGCAUAGGAUUUUUUGUCUAUAAGAUCUUCCUGCAUAGGAUUUUGAUCCACAAGAUGUUCAUCACUUCAUGUAAAAGACCUCUUCAUAUAUAAGACAUUUUUAUGUAUAAGCCAUCUUCGUGCAUAAGAUCAUCAUGCAUGAGAUAUUUGUGCAAAAGAAUUUCACGAGAUCUUCAUGUACAAAAUCCUCAUGCAUAUGAUCUUUUCUUCUGUCUGAGAGUCAUGAUUUUCUUCAACCCAUUGCCUAAUUCUAAUCCCAACAGAUUUUCAAAAGGGACCAGAAGCUUACUGCCAACAAAGGUUCAGAUUUCCAAAAUGCAUUUCCAAUAACAUGAAUAUAUGUCUCCUUGGCAGAAGUAAAUUUACAAUACCAAUCAUAGUUUGACCAAAGUAAUUGAUAAUUUUCUUGAGCUGAUGAGCAUGCAGUGAAUCUAAUUUUUUGUUCAAAUACUACAUUACAAAGUUGCCCUUCGACCAUCUCUAUCUGACUAAGUGACAAUUGCAAUAUUCUAGUAUAUCAAGUAUUCUGAAGAUUGACUAUGCUGUUUGAGUACGAGUGAUUCUUAUGAGAAGGCCUUUAUGUGAUUUCUUGUAACAUAAAUUCCUGAAGUGAUGGAGCUCUGAUUGAGUGUACAUGAUGCUGACCGUUGUACAAAGUAAUCAUUCACACUGUAAUUAUUAAGUCCUUGUGUAAUUUAUUCUAAUUUUUUGACAUGCUAUGUUUUGAAUAUAUUUCAUUUAAGACAUGCAACUGAGCUAUUACUACUUGUAGUUGUACCGAUUUAUCCUGUUUCAAAUGUAACAACCAGAAACACGUUCUUAUGCAUAAUUCUUUUGAACCCUUUUAACAAUUUCUUUUAUUGCUUAGUACAAGGCUUACAUGAAACCAGAAACACAUUCUUAUGAAUUAUUCUUUCAGCCUUCUUUGAAAAAAGUUUUUAUGUCUUAGAACAAGGCUUUCAUGAAAUCAUAAAUAGUUAUAUCGGUCAACCAUCUUUGAGAUAUCAGGACUAAACAAAAGAAACCUUAUACCACAAGAAGCCUUCUACAUAUGCUUUGCAUUUUUGAAGUAAAAUCCAACCUUGAGAGAAAAGCCAAAAUAAUAGAAAAAAAAAGUGGAAAGAAAAAUGGCUAGGACUGAUGGAAGGAAUAAUGAAAUGGGACCAUUGAGACCAAGGAACAAUAUGUUUUGUCAAAUCACAAAGUUUUAUCCUUCUUGAUGAUAUUGAUAGUCCAACAUUUUUGAAAAAAUUCUUAUUCCUCAUUACUGGCCAUAACACUGAUAUUUCAUACACAACUCAUUGGUGUAAAACAUUUGUUUAUGAAACAUAUUACAGAAGCAGCAUUGUUUCUUGUACAAAUUGAUUAAGUAAGCAGAGCCAUAUAAAAAAUGAAACUUCCCUGACAAAAAGUAAAUUCUGGUGCUGAAUUGCAAAUAGAGAGAUGGCCAUGGCUAUUUCAUUGUUCAUUGUCCACACCCAGGCCCAUCUUACAUAGUCCGAUUUAUUGAAACAUAUAAAACAUCCUUGUUAAUAUUGUUUGUCUCACUUUUUUUCCAAACUCAAAAGAGAAAAAUCUUUGAAUUGGCUGUCCCCUUUUAUUCAGCUUGAAUGAGUAUAUAUAUCUCUUUUGUGAUGUGGAGUAUUGGGUAGCAUGUAAGCCUUUUUUUAAA